UCCGUGGCGUGUGCGCAGGCGCCGAGUGCCGCCGCCUCCCGCUCAGCGGCGCUGUCCCACCCCGGUGGUGCCUCCGCGCUGUGGUGAACCGUAAAUAAGCUGCGCCCGGACCGUUCGCGGCGGUGUCUGACCGGCGGCGCCUCAGGGAGCGCGGGGCCGGAGCGCGCCGCUCAUCGCAUCACACCGCAGCGCGGCCAGACCCGGCCAUCAGCGGCUCUGAGCGGGGUUCCCGCCGUGCCCGUGAGGGGAGCGCGGCGCGGAGGGGCGGGCAGGCGUGCGGGGCGGUGCCGCCGCGGGCAGGGGUGGGUUCCCCGCCGAGUACUUAGCGGCGGAGCGCGGCGGCUUGGCGGAGCGUGGUCUAGUCUUGUGCUGUCGUCUCAGUCCGCUGCUCGCCAUGGGGUCGGCUCCGCCCGUAUUCAUCGGCGCCGAGGAGGUGGAGAAGCACCUGCACCGUGCUAGCCUCCUGCUCCCGGCGCUGGAGGCUGCCCUCGGCAACUUCUCGUCCGGCGCGGCGGGAGGCGUCGCGCAGCCCGUGCGCACCGUGGUGCCAGUGCACCGGCACGGAGGGUUCCUAGGAGUCAUGCCUGCUUACAGUGCUGCUGACGAUGCUCUGACGACCAAGUUGGUGACUUUUUAUGAGCACAAGAAGGAUUCGUCUGUCCCUUCUCACCAAGCGACCGUCCUCUUAUUUGACCCAAGAAAUGGUUCUUUAAAAGCUGUGCUAGAUGGCAGUGUCAUAACAGCAAAACGAACAGCUGCAGUUUCUGCAAUUGCUACCAAGUUGUUAAUGCCACCUUUUGCAGAAGUGCUCUGCAUUUUGGGAGCUGGUGUUCAAGCAUACAGCCAUUAUGAUAUCUUCACAGAACUCUUCACAUUCAAAGAGGUCAGAAUAUGGAAUCGCACCAAAGAGAAGGCGGUGAAGUUUGCCAAUUCAGUUAAUGGUCCAGUGCAGGUCUGCUCUUCUGCUCAGGAGGCAGUUACUGGGGCUGAUGUAGUUGUAACAGUCACUAUGGCAACCACACCAAUUUUAUUUGGAGACUGGAUAAAACCAGGUGCCCAUAUCAAUGCUGUUGGAGCAAGCAGACCAGACUGGAGAGAACUGGAUGAUGAACUGAUGAAGAAUUCUGUCCUGUUUGUGGAUUCUAGAGAUGCUGCUCUUACAGAAUCAGGAGAUGUUAUAUUAUCAGGGGCAGAGAUUUUUGCUGAGCUGGGAGAGGUAGUGAAGGGUACAAAACCAGCCCUGCCUGAGAAAACAACAGUGUUUAAAUCACUGGGGAUGGCGGUUGAAGAUACAGUAGCAGCAAAAUUUGUUUAUGACUCGUGGUCAGCUGGUAACUAAAGAGAAGUCUACAAUGUCAGUGAGGCCAAGAAAAUUGUUUGCACUUAGUUUCCUCAGAUCUCUUGCUAACAAGACAGACACCAACCCUAUCAGAAUAUGUCCCUUCUAGAACAUUCAAGAAUGCAAGGUAAAAUUUCAGCAAUAGACUAAUUCUUAGAGUUUUCUAAUGGCAAGUGUUAGAUACCUGCAGUAUUACUAACGAAUAUCUCACAUAAUGGCAAGUACUAGAUGUUUGCAGUGAUACUAACAAGGGUAACUUUACGUAUUUUGGUAUAAUACUGGAAUCAAUGUCUUUCCUCCCUAAUUAUUUAUGUAGCAGUAGUCUGUGGGUAGAUUUUUGUGGGUUUUUUUAGAGAGGUAACUCACACUGGUGUAAAAGGUAUCCGUCUGGAAGAUGGAUUCUGGCGUCAUAUGUACCCAUGAUAGUAUGUUAAAGGCAAGUGGGUUUCAGUGUUAGAGUGACAGUAACCUAGUUUUCAGUCUCCUAGAACACAGCCCACCUCUGAUUCCUGGACUGCCCUUUCCUUUCCAGCUCAGAUUGUGAUCUGGAAGUCACCAUCCUUACUUUCACCACCCACAGUCCCUCUCACCUGCCCUCAGCCCCUGUGGCUUCUCAUUUAAGAGCACACUCCUGAGUGGGACUUUACAUAAAUAAUGUCUCCAUACAGUUAGAUUUCUGCCAGUUUUUCUAAAAGACCUGGCUCAGGAAGACUCAAGAGUGCAAAAAAAUCACAGCUAAUAUUAUAUACAUCUUACUUAACUGGAAGAAAACUGUACUCAAUGCCUCCCUUAGUACAUUCUUGAGUGGGAUAUUGCCAUUUUAAUCUUUCAAGGAGUCACCAAGAAUGUGAGCACUAAAAUGUGUUUUGAUUUAAUUUUUAUCUCUAUUAUGUGGAGAGAUUUUGUUUUUAAUCUGUGUUAUUUCCAAGUUCUUUUUUCUAAGCUUCUUGAAGGCUGCAACCAUGCAAAUUGAUUUCAGUAGGAUAAACUUCAAGUAUACAGGCAAAUAUUUUCAGCUUGGCCCUACCAUACAUCAAUUGGUAAUUGUUCUUUUAUCCCAGUGGAUAUUAGCUGGGGCAGGAAUUUCUAUGAUCCUUUCCUGGCAGUGGAACCCUGUGAUGUCCUGCAUAAGGAAAAGUUCCAGUUUCGUGCUGUUAUGCAAUUGCCUUACAAAAUGCUGAGCAUCUGCUGAAAAACAGUAUUGCCCUGGAAACAAAUUCCUGCCUUGGGCUAGAGUUAUGCCUUGUGAAAUUUUAUUUCUACUUGUAUAUUAUUUCAUGCAGGCUACUCAGUGUUUGUUUGAUGUGUGAGGAUUAGAUGCCAUGAUCAUUUUAUAAUGGUGCCGGUAGAAUACAGUGGAGCAACAGGAAGAGUUAGAAGCAGUUAGCAUUAAAGCCCUUGAUGGUGCACAAGUAAGUGUAGGGGAGGUUGAUGAGUACAGUGCAGAUGUGAUAAAAUACUCCAAAUGAUAAGCCUGGUGUAAACUAGUUGGAAAAAAGUAGUAAGUGGCAGAGUCUGUAAUCUGCAGUUUUAGCAUGGAAGGGUACCAGACCAGCAAGUGAAUAGAGCCAAGGGGUGUGUUUGUGUGGAUAGAAACCUAACUCCACCGAUCUUGUUUAUAUCAGCAGAAACAAGAACGGAAAUUUCUCUAUAAGCUUUUGCGUAUUUUAAUUGUAGCAAAAUUUUUACACAUGUUUUUCUUCUUUGUCAUUUCUGAAGUGAUCAGAAAUGUAUGUGUUGGCUUAGCCCGUUAUUCAGCGAUAGAGAACUUCACUAGCUUGAGACAAACGUGACAGCCAUUGGUGUUCUAUAACUGAAGAAAUGCAUGGAAACUUGCACUCACUAAUUAUGACAGUAUUGUCCAGUUCUGUGCUUGUGUAAAAACAAGAUUUGUAUUUGAAGUGAGACUUGGUGUUUGGGGAAAAAAGUCCAGUUUAAUAUAUACUCUUGUACAGAUGGCUCUUAAAAAAAGUAAAUGGACCCGGUCCAAAGGCCUGGUUCUGAAAACCCAGUGUUCUCAGCUUUCAUUGACAAUAGGAGCCUCUGGGAGCCUGUCUUCAGCAUUGUACCUCUGAAUUCAUGAAGAGUAUUUGGUUCAGUUACAAUGGGAAUUGCUUGGAAUGUUGUCUCUGGAAUUUUUUUGGGGGGGAAUUAAGACUAUUAAUUUCCAUGUUUCCUUCUCUUACAAAUUAGAUUCUCAAGAAUUGUGUAACUUUCAUUUCUGUUAAAAUUAAAUAGAUACUUCUGUUUGACUUUCA